GAAAAUAGCGAGUGUAUGUACUCCACUCGGUGCUCCAACAUGGGACUUUCCAUUCAAUAGUAAUGUUCUAUAAACUGAUUUGUUCAGACAUAUUAUAUUUUUUAUUAUUUUUAUACAGUUCAUUAAUUUAUUUAUGUCAUGAAUGAAUAUUAAGAAUUUGUAGUGAUGGUGUUUCUCCAUAAAUUUAAAUGUAACAGUAAUGUUUUAUAAAUAUUAAUAAACUUAAAAUAUUUUUCGAGAUACUAAAUAUGACUUUCACUUUGCUUCGAAAUACUUCUCUAAUAUUUCUAACGAUACUCUUCUAUAUCGCUUUAACUGUGCAAGAGAAAAGUUAUUUAGUUUCAAAGGAGGAAGAUGCAAUACAUCUUGAAGAGGACUUCAUACAAACCCAUUUAAGAGAAAAAAGAGCUGUUAAGAACCCAGGAUUUUUUAAGACAUUAUUCUCAGUUAUUGGAGAACAAUAUACGGACACCAAGGAUACUUUUAGAAAAGUAAAUGAUAUGAUAAAUGACAAUUUUCUACCUGAAAACGCCCCACCUACAACCGAAGCAACAACUGUAAAAGAUUCAAAUGAAACGACAACAAUGGCUCCUUACAAAAUAACCCGCACUGAAUUUAACAAAAUAAUUAGAAGAAAUCUUCGAGGGCUGGUUCGCCUAUUUAAUAUCGAAUUUCAAGACGCAAUAAAGCAAUCGAAGAAAACUCAAGCAGAAUAUAAAAGGAAUGUAUCUAAAGAAAUUUCUAAGUUUCUGUAAAGUAGUUCCAAAGUCAUUGAUUGUGUAUAAAAUUUACAUGUGAUAUAAUCAACUUUGCUUUUAGUUAUUUAUAUAAUGUAAAUAUUGUAGAAUAAAAUAUGUAAUAAAAACAACUAAUAUUAGUA